CGCAAGCUGAUCUUUGUCACUAUUCUCUGCUUGUGCUUCUUUACUAUCGAGAUUAUCGGAGGUUACUUUGCAGAGUCGCUGGCACUCAUGAGCGAUGCCUUCCAUCUGUUGUCCGAUGUGGUCAGCUUCAUGGUGUCGCUGAUUGCCAUCUGGCUUUCGGAACAGCCUGCAACCAAGCGCCACUCCUUUGGAUAUCACCGCGCGGAGGUUCUUGCAGCAUUGAUGUCUGUGUUUAUCAUCUGGAUCUUGACCGCAGUUUUGCUGAUGGAAGCAUUUGAGCGCAUCAAGAACCCGCACACGAUUGAUGGCAAGAUGAUGUGCGUCGUCGCCAGUAUUGGUGUGGGCAUCAAUAUCAUGUAUGUUUUUACUUGUACCCCUUUUGAGAUCAACAUCAACGUCAAGGCAGCGACGCUUCACGUUAUUGGUGAUUUGAUUUCCUCAGUGGGCGUGUUGGUGGCCUCGAUUGUUAUUAUGAUCAAGCCGGCCUGGACGAUUGUUGAUCCAAUUUGCACAGUGUUUUUCUCAAUUCUGGUCAUGUUCACUACCUAUCGUCUUGUAAUGGACAGCCUUGUGAUCCUUAUGGAGGGCACACCCACGCACAUUGAUCCUGAGGAAAUUGAGGCGAGUCUUUUGAAGAUUCCGGGAGUAGUUCUAGUGCACGAUCUGCAUGUCUGGAACUUGACUGCUGGCAAGCUGGCACCGACGAGUCACCACACGGACCAGGGUCUGACGAUGGCGGACUAUGACCGGAUUCUGACGGAGGCGCAGAACGUGGUAUGUGGACGGUUCGAGAUCCAUCAUUCGACCAUCCAGCUGGAGACGGCGUCGAACUCGAGCGAGCAUUGUAGGCCAGAGAUGUGCUGGAACGAACCUUCGCCUGCCAAUGGGCGUACGGGUUACAAUGCCGUGUAG